AUGCUUAUGCCACUCGAGCGGAAGAGGUUUUGCAAGUUAGCGCGGAUUACUUCUAAGAUGGAGGUCUUUGGUGGGAGGAAGGGGGGGUGUGGGGUUUUUAUGAUGAGGAAUUCGAGCUCCAUGCCUAUUGUUAUGAUGGAGGAGGUGUUGUCUACUUUGAGGGCGUCUGCAGUUUGG